AAGAAAACCAAGGAAACCUUGAAAUGACGCGAGUCACCACAAAAAUAAUGAAUUUGGAAAAAUAUCUCAUCUGAGCUCAAACAUUGAUGUUUCUUUUCAGCAAACAUCUUAUAUAUUUGACACACUUGGAAAACACUUGAGACCUAAUCCAGAGCACAUUAUUAAGAAUAGAAGCUGUGUAAUAAAUGAAGCUGCAUGAAUAUGACAAAUUAUUUUUUCACACUAAGUAUGAGAAAACUCAUACUAUAGAAAAAUACAAUGCCUAUAAUGAAUGUGCAAAGGCUUUCAGCCAUAAGUCUGAGCUCAUUAGACACCAGAGAACUCACAUGGGAGAGAAACCUUAUAAUUGCAGUGAAUGUGGAAAAGGCUUUAGUGUAAAGUCAGUUCUCAAUACUCACUGGAGAACUCAUACAGGAGAGAAACCCUAUGGAUGCAACGAAUGUGGGAAAAUGUUCUCCAUCAAGUUUAGUCUUAUUCUACACCAAAGAACUCAUACAGGUGAGAAACCCUAUGAAUGCAGUCAGUGUCAGAAAGCUUUCACCCAAAAGUCACACCUCACCAUUCAUCAGAGAUCGCACACUGGAGAGAAACCUUAUGAAUGUGGUGAAUGUCAGAAAGCUUUCAGUCAGAAGUCAUAUCUCCUUAUCCAUCAGAGAAUUCACUCAGGGGAGAAAUCUUAUGAAUGCACUGAAUGUGGGAAAACUUUCCCCCACAAGUUCAGCCUCAUUAUUCACCAGAGAAUACAUACAGGAGAGAAGACCUAUGGAUGCAGUGAAUGUGGAAAAACAUUUCCUAUCAAGUUUAGCCUUGUUGUACAUCAGAAAACACAUACAGGAGAGAAACCUCAUGAAUGUGGUGAAUGUCAGAAAUCUUUUGCUCAGAAAUCACAUCUUAUUAUACACCAAAGAACUCACACAGGCGAGAAGCCUUAUGGAUGCAGUGAGUGUUGGAAAACUUUCUCCCACAAAUUCAGACUCAUUUUACAUCAGACGUCUCAUAGAGGAGAAAAAUUAUGA